CUCAUGCUGAUGAGCUAAACUGAAAUUUUUUAAAUAUUAUUUUAUUCUCGUAAAAUGACAAUUUACUUAUUAAAAAUAGACAACUUUAACAUGACUUUAGUCCUACAAAUAUCAGGCGUUCUUGAGAACAUUACUCUUAUCUUAUUAAAUGACGAAUAUAGAUAGAUAGUCUCUAGGUUGGCCGUUUUCUUCAACAAAGUUAUCUUUCUAUUUCAGUAAAUUGUGGGGCGCACAAAAGUCAAAGUGACUUAUUUCUUCAUAAUUAUUAUUAAAGUUAAAGAAUAUAUUAGCAUCCUUUCGACUAAUAGCCAAACGUGUUUGUUUUUGGUCUUUUUGUCUUGCGGGGCUUGCCGUACAAUUUUCAAAGAUGGCGCUCAAUGUACGCAUGCGCAGUGUGGCUUGUUGGCGGAACUUCGUCCCGUUGUGGGUCGUUGUCAUUAAAAAAAAGGAGUCAAUAUUAACAGUUAGAAGCUACCGUGUAAAAAUGUGCAAAGUCAAAAUGCUGAGAACGUUGGUGAAGCAGCGACUCAACGUGGCCGUCGAGGAGAUUUUCGAACUUUUUGAAAGAACCAUAGCCGAGUACGAGGCGGAAUUUAGUCGAGCCAAAGAGAAAAAGGAGCGACGACGAUGUGAACCAUCGGACGCUGUUCUCAAGCCUCGAGUUCCACCACACGAAGCAGAUGUGCAGCAGGUGCUGGUGGAAAGUCAAGAAGAGGAGCCAGCAGACCCCGCCUACAUGAAAGAAGAAAAGAAAGACGUCUGGAGCAGUCAAGAUCGGGAGCAGCUUCAAGUGCUGGAGGAGGAUCUCAACACGGUUGCACCCACAGGUGUCAGUCUGAAGAGUGAAAAAGGCAAAGGUCGGUCCUCACAGCCUCGUCACAGUCGAAAAGAGAAGAACAGAGGCAGCAGAAUAACAAGAGAAUCCAAAGGAGACCCCGCACAACCGGGCAACGUUGCUGCGUUUCCAGGCAUGGAGGUCACGAUGUUACUCUCUUCGGACUCUGAUCGCAACGACCACCCAAAAGAACCUCCGAACACUGAUAAAAAACCCAAAGGUGACGCUGACAACAAACAGUUCAUCUGCUCCGAAUGUGGCAAAUGUUUUGUCCACAGGGGAACUUUGAACAGACACGUGAGGACGCACACCGGAGAGAAGCCUUUCAGCUGCGCCGUCUGCGCCAAAAGAUUCUCCACAAACUCCGAUAUCAAGAUCCACAUGCGAACGCACACCGGGGAGAAACCGUUUGCGUGUUCUUUCUGUCCUCAAAGAUUCCCCAUCAAGUCGAACAUGAAGAUACACAUCCGCGUCAAGCACACGGGCGAGAAACCGUUCACCUGCUCCAUCUGCCCGCAGACGUUCUCUCGCAAGUCGGCCAUGAAGCUCCACGUGCAGGUCAAGCACACGGGCGUCAAGCCCUUCACUUGCUCGCUCUGUCCCAAAAGGUUUUCCAGUAACAAGAACGUGAUGAUACAUAUGAGGACGCACACCGGGGAGAAGGCCUUCGGUUGCAACGUGUGCGCUCAGAGGUUCUCGUACAAGUAUCAGUUGGAGAAGCACAGGUGCGCCAUCAUCGACGCGGAUGCCAUGUCCAUCCAUUCAAACGCCUUGAUGAGUUCAGAAAAUGGAUGAACCCAUCCAUCUAGCUAGCUAUCUAUCUAUCUGUCUUAAUGUUUGUUUUCCAGUUUGUGCCCUGUAGCUGUAGUUUUUUUUUUCAUGGUUAUUUCUCAGCUGUGUUUGUCAUACAUUGAAUAAAUCCUCCUGAAAAGAC